UGUUUUGUGGACUGUCUCUCGAUCAUCAUGCGUGAAAUCGUACAUCUGCAAAUUGGACAGUGUGGCAACCAGAUCGGCUCAAAGUUCUGGGAAGUAAUCAGUGAAGAACAUGGAAUCAAUGCGACAGGCAUCUAUGAAGGAGAAAGCAAUCUUCAAUUGGAAAGGGUCAAUGUUUACUUCAAUGAGGCACACGGUGGUAAAUUUGUCCCCAGGGCACUGCUUGUAGACCUGGAGCCCGGCACUAUGGACAGCAUCAGAGGAAGUCGCAUUGGUGCUCUUUUUAGACCAGACAACUUCAUCCAUGGGAACUCAGGAGCUGGAAACAACUGGGCAAAGGGUCAUUACACAGAGGGAGCAGAGCUAGUGGAGCAGGUUAUGGACCGGGUGAGGAAUGAAAGCGAAAGCUGUGAUUGCCUCCAAGGCUUUCAGCUGGUUCACUCACUGGGGGGUGGCACAGGCUCUGGCAUGGGUACUCUCCUCAUCAACAAGAUCAGAGAGGACUACCCAGAUCGCAUAAUGAAUAGCUUUAGCAUCAUGCCGUCUCCUAAAGUCUCUGACACAGUGGUGGAGCCUUAUAAUGCCACCCUCUCCGUACAUCAGCUCCUGGAGAACACAGACGAGACCUUCUGCAUUGACAACGAGGCCCUCUAUGACAUCUGCUUCCGUACCCUAAAGAUGGCCACACCAACUUACGGAGACCUCAACCACUUGGUCUCCAUGACCAUGAGCGGGGUCACGACCUCUCUGAGAUUUCCAGGACAGCUCAAUGCUGACCUUAGGAAGCUGGCUGUCAACAUGGUGCCCUUCCCCCGUCUCCACUUCUUCAUGCCAGGCUUUGCCCCUCUGACACCACGGGGCAGCCAGCAGUACAGAGCUCUCACUGUACCUGAACUUACCCAGCAGAUGUUUGAUGCACGCAACAUGAUGACGGCAUGCGACCCACGGCGAGGGCGCUACCUCACAGUGGCUGGUGUCUUUCGAGGUAGGAUGUCCACCAAAGAGGUGGACGAACAGAUGCUUGCAAUACAGCAGAAAAACAGUGCCUACUUUGUCGACUGGAUCCCCCAUAAUGUAAAGGUGGCUGUAUGUGACAUCCCUCCUCGAGGUCUAAAAAUGGCUUCCACAUUUAUUGGCAACAACACCGCAAUUCAGGAGAUAUUCCGCCGGGUGGGCGAGCAGUUUUCCCUGAUGUUCAGACGGAAGGCAUUCCUUCACUGGUACACCGGAGAGGGUAUGGAUGAGAUGGAGUUCACAGAGGCAGAGAAUAACCUCAACGACCUGGUGUCAGAGUACCAGCAAUACCAAGACGCAACCGCUGAUCUAGACUGUGAAGCAGAAGAUGAAGAAGAGGAAGGACCCUCAUCUUCAGGGACCACAAAGGUUCAGUCUCUGAUGGAAACCAAACUAGAAACAGUGAUAGAAACCUUCAAAGAACUGUAGAUGAGUAGUGGGUGUAUUCAAGUUCACACUGAGGGACUCUUUGGGGCAAGAAUUCAGAUGAUGUACAUAUAACUAAUUUCUUUGGAAACUAAAUUUUAUUUUGUAGGUUACCCUGUUUUACUUGUGUUUUGGUACAUUUUAUUGGAUUCAAGCAGGGCUGUAUAGGUGACUAUUUUGGGGCUUUUGAACUUUUGCAAAAUCUUUCAGUAGUUAUUUGAAAUAAAUACCUUAGACAUGUGAUGUCAAGAGGAUACCACAGGGCAGACCCUGGACCUGUUGGACAGAUUAACCUUUCAGGUGCUGGGGAAUGCUUCAGAGGUAUGUAAAAAUAGAUUAGGUCAGGGGAUCUCUGCUUAGGCUUCUUCCGAAGAGAUGGGAUUGUAGUACUGGAAAAUAUAAUCAGAAGGUUGACUAAUAGAGGUGAUGAAUAUUCCUUUUAACAAGAUGUAAAUUAGCCACGGUUGUUAUACGUAGUAAGCAUACAAUUUGAAUUUAUGUUGAACCUACUUUUGCCUUUGUUUUUUGUCAACCUGCAAGUAACAUAUAUAUAUAUUUUUUUAUUAUUUUAAAGGUUGAUUAAUGAUUGGGUUUUACUUUACCCCACCAAACUAAGCUAAGGAUGACUUACAGCCCUGCAAUCUGGACUCCCUGUGUACAUAUGCAUUAUGCUUCUCUUUUAAAAGCCUUUUUAGCCAUACACACAUUAUAUUUGUAACAUAAACACUUCCUUGGAAGUGAUUGUUGCCACACCCACAGAUGAGCCUCGCAUAACCAAAAAGUUUUAAUAUCCAACUCUAGUUCUAGUAUGUGCAUAACUAAUGUUGGAGCUAAUUAAUGCUGCGUAGUUGAGAAAUAGGUGAGAUGUUGGAGGUAUUGUGUAAACUGUUGGGAAAUUUGAGUUGGGAGAUUGGCAGAGCAAUGAAAAUAUGAGUGAUAUCGUCUGUAAUUCAGCAUGUUACAGUUUACAUUUCUGUUUCUCACAGGUAAAUUCAUCAAGCAAAGCAAUAGGCUAGGCGAAACAAUACAUAACAAGUGGACCGUUGACCCUUUUUGUAGUCUGGGUUGUCGUGACCUCGAGAUUAAUGUCAGUGGAGGUGCACAUUGCAUUACAGUUUAUUGUAAACAGCUACUCUAUGGGUACAGUGUAGGUCAGAGCAGAAAAGCUAAUAGGAAUUCAUUCAGACAUUUUGUCUUGUACGACCUUGUGUCCGUGCUAAAAUGAUAAGACGAAACCUGUGGCUCACUGAUUAAAGUCAGGAAACUGAUAUGUGUUCAUUUAUGCAGGAUGAAUAAUGUGGCAUUAUUUUUUUAUCAUUCCAUGGGCUAUAUUAUAUUUUGAUGCAUUUAUAAGAAAACAUUAAAUUCAAAGAGAAAACAAUAUUUGGUUUGAUUAUGCUAAAAUAUUUGAUGAAUUUAUAUGUAUGUCUUUAAAGAAAAUCAGUUUUUGGCAUUUCUUUGUAAUCCACAGCUUUAAACAAAUAGAAUUCUGUUAUUAAAACAAUGUUUUAUCUUUGUGUAUGAUAAAAGUAAGAUUCAUUAAAAAUUAAAAAAAAACAAACAAAAAAAAACAUUUCCCCGGACAGCAGGCUUCAUUAUUUAAAGUUGAAAAGAGGCAAACUGUAGUGUUGGAAAGUACUCUGAUAGAACGCUAACAGUGAUACCGUUCAAGGCUGUCAAACUGUUUCCUCCCACUUGCACAAGUCUGGAGCUCAGCGAUUACGCACUAGGACAACCUGCUAGGACAGAGCAUGUUCACUCCAAGAUAAGCACACUUGACUGUGAGAUGUCUCUGCACACUGCAGUACAGUUGACUGAACUGUUGCACAGUACUGUGACAAAUUAGAUCUUGUGUGUAAUAUAGGUUACGGUGUCAACUGACAUAUCAAAGUCCUUUUCCAGUACAAGUUACACGGUCAAAAUAAGGACAAGCAGCAUAAUGAAUAUACAGUCAUAUUGAAUUAAUAUGAAUAUUUCUGAAAAGUUAAUUGAUUUCACUAACUCAAUUCUCUGUUAAUUAUGAUGAUUUCUCGCUACAGCUAAUGAAAACAAGACAUUUAAGAUUAGAAUAGUAUAUCAGACCAAUAAAAAACAUUUUAAACGCAGAAAUGUGGGCUUAAUGAAAAGUUUGUUUAAUACCUACUUAAAGGUUGUUAUUUUAGAAAGGUACUUUUAAUCUGACAAAUGAGUAAUAUAUUACAAUGACAACCAGCCCUGUCCCAUCGAGGCAUUGAAUCCACUAGACCACUGAAGAUGUGCUAUAAUAUCUAGCAGAAAGAUUAACAGCAGCAGAUCCUUUAAGUCCUGUUAUUUAUGAGGUGAGGUUUCCUGGAUCAGACUUGUUUAUCCUGCACAUCCUUAAGAUUCACUUGAAUUGGGAUUUGAGAAAUUUGCAGCCCAUGUCAAUGCCUCAAGCUCAUUGUUGUAAAAACCAUCCAUGAACCAUAUCUGCUUUUCGAUCAAUACUCACCACUGCAAACUGGGAACACCCCACAACAGCUGCAAUUUUGGAGAAGCUCUGACCCAGUUAUCUAGACACCCCAAUUUGGUGUUACUCAAACUCGCUCAAAUGCUUAUGCCUGCCCAUUAUUCCUGCUUCAAACACAUAAGUGUCCAGGACAAAAUGUUCACUUGCUACCCCACCCACUAAGAGGUGCCACGAUGAUGAAAUAAUCAGUGUUAUUUGCUUCCUCUAUUAGUGGUUAUAUUGUAUU